CGGUGUCGCCGAAUAAACAAGCGCUCUAGCUUUGCGCACACUCUCCUCAGCAGGAAGAAAUUUGUUUAAAGUGCCUUUCUGAGUUCAGUUGCCAGAGAAACAAGACGCAUUUCGGAUUUUGACAACACUCCUUGGGCCAAAAUAAUGGCGGCAAUGGGCGACUGGAUGAAGAAAAAUCUGAAGCGCAAGUUAAAAUUCAACUUUCAGCGCCAAAUCAGCUUCCGUGAAGAUGAAGAGCAAUGUCUCGCCAGAAACUCUACCCCAGAGGUUCGGCAGAGCGAUGGCGAGUUCUUUGAGAAAUUCGGCAGCGUCAUGCGCAACCGCAUUUCGCUCAGGGUCUCGGAGAGCAUCGACAGGGAGUGUGCGUCCUCAGUGGCCGCCGAGUGCAGCCAGGAGGCCGAGAAUUCAGAGGCCGUCGAAGACUCCGAGGAGGAGCAUCUUCCGGAGGAGGCCGAAAUCUUCAGCCGCGUCCUUGGUAGCAACGUAGAGCAGUUGUAUGCAGAAGUUCUAUACGAGACCGUUCAUGUAAUCGGAUUUGGUGCCAAAGAAAAUCAAGACGAAAUUUUGAGCUUCCUGAAAACGGCAUUUAAAUUCGACGAUGAAAAACAUGAUAUGCUGCUUGAAGAAGCCAGAGCAAAGGAGGCACCAGACAUUCUGCUCAACGUGGAAGUGAUCGAGGCGCACGAGCUGCAUGCCAAGGACUGCAACGGGCUGAGCGACCCUUUCUGCACACUCUACCUGUCCAACGGACCCACCCAAAGGUACAACACCUCCGUCAAGACGAAGACGCUCAAGCCAACCUGGGAGGAACAUUUCUCACUACCUGUUGAAGAUCCAAAUAAUGACGUGCUUGUUAUUGAAGUUUGGGAUUUCGACCCAGCGGAAACGGUCAGGGAGAAACUUGGCAAAUUCUCCGACGUCAAGGGCGUCAAAGGAUUUAAAAAAUUGUUCAAAGAGGUAGCAAUAACGGCAUCGACGGGCAAACACGACAAUGAACUCGUCGGAACAGUCGAGAUUCCCCUCAAGGAAGUGGUCUCAGGGGGCGUGAAGUUGUGGCGCAGCCUGACCAAGAAGGGCAAGUCCAAGUCGCAGGGCCAGGUGCACCUGCGGCUGGCCCUGGGCGCCUUGAAGAACGUGCAGGUGGCCACGCAGGAGCAUCGCCAGCUGGUGCGGGUGCUGCUGAAACACGACCUGGAGGUGACGCAGCCGCUGCCGUACAAGUGGAGCGGCCGCUUCCUCGAGCUGGCCGACAGCGUGCUCAACCAGCACCGCAUUCAGACCGGCCUCGACGAGAACCACGUCCAGCUGGCCAGGUGGGCCGAGUUCUGCGCCGUGCACAUCGAUCACGCGCUCAACUUCCAGCUGCUCGGCAGGACCCUGGAGAAGCUCAUCAGGCCCGUCAAGGAUGGCGUCCUCAGCGAUGAAGAAGCUAGAGUCUUCUGGGAGGCGGCGCGCAAACUGAUGCCUACCUGCUUGACGUGCAUCAGGAAGAUCAGGAAGCUGAUGCCCACGGACAAGGACACACUGACCCAACUGGAGGCGCUACUUAGCAUUUUGGUUCAACUUACGACCCUGACGCCUCCAAAGGACUUUGAACUGUUUCCUGCAAACAUGUUUGCUUGGCUCUCGGCGUCAAACGGACCGCACUGCGACAUCCAUCAGAGCAUCCAGGACGCUGUUCGACAAGGCGCUAAAGACUGGUACGAGCACAUUAUGGAGAUCAACAAUGAUGACGACAAGAAGUCUGACGACCAGGAUAUCCAACUCUCCUACUACAUCAAAAUCCUCUCCUUGCUGCAGUCCGACUUGCUCAGGGCAAUUGAGUACCACGAUAAAAUUUACUCAGAAGUGGCCCAGUUUGAGUACACCAAAGUUAUCUAUGAAGUUUAUGAUGAGAGGGUAUUUGGGCUGGUGGAGCCCGUCGUGCAACAGACCUGCAAGAACCUGAAGCCCCUUAGGUUCAACGAAGAUCCCACACAAGGCCUUUACGACAAUGAUGACAUCACAAUGGGCACCUCCCUGUUUGAGCUCUACAUCGCCUUGCAAAGAUUCGUUGUGAUGGGAAAAGGGCGGUACUUGAAUGAGGACUACAAAUGCAGCAAAUUCCAUACAUGGUUUGUCAAAGGGGUUGCGCAGUGGCUGGACAUUGCCCUGUACAAAGCUCUCAAAAGGAUCGAGAAGGCCGUUGAGCUGGGAAAUCUGCAGCCGAUUGAUGAGCACGUUAAAUUCAGCUCUUCUGCCGUUGACACCCUUUCAAUUUAUUAUCAAAUCAAAGUAUUUUGGAAACAACUCAACUGGCCUGACGUUGAAAGUUCCUACACUUUUGUAGCAAAGAUUAUCGACGACAUAUGUCGUUGCUCCGAAUUCUACGCUGCCAAAAUGAGCACAAGAGUAGCUGGCUUAGGAGAGACAGAAAACGCCUUCAGCAAGAAGUUUGAAGUCACAACAGAGUGGUGCACAGCAAUAAACAAUAUCGAGUACAUUCGCCAAGCAAUCCAUCCAUUCGUCCUGGAACUGGGUCUAGAAAACAUUCUCAACUCCAUGGCUGAGUUCCACUCUGAAUCAAACGCGACUCAAUGCAGGAAAACACUUCAGCUGGUCAUUGAUGAAGCCAUUGACACCGUCAGCAACAAAAUCAUUGAUCUGAUAGAAAUAAUGGCCGAAAAGAUGAUUCCAUCGCUGCACAGGUUUCUGGUUGAGGCGGCAGAGCUUCUACACCAGAACAACAUGAGUUUGGACAGGCUGAUGGACUACCUGCAGAAGAACUUUGAGACCUUGCAUAGCCACCUGAGCGAGGAAAACUUCAAGAGGACCUUGGCAAUUGUGUGGGACAAGCUGACCAAACAGCUGCAGGAGCUGAUUGACAGCAGUAUUGAGAAGAGACGGCCGCCCUCGUUUUUCGCCAACCUCUCUGGUGCCCUGGGGAUCAUGGAAGGAUUCUUCAAGUACGAUGAGACUGAAAUUGCAUCCCUUUGUGAAAAUUCCGACCUGUUGGCUAUCACCAAGGCGCGCCUGAAGAUGCACAGCCUUGACACUUCUGAACUGAUCCAGCAAUAUUUUCUCAACAGGUAUGAGGAGCAGAAGCUUUUAACGCACACUCCGUCCCAGAACUCCGAGCAGUGCUGCGGGCUGCUCACCGUCAAGUGCAUGUUCCAAGAUCAAUAUCUCAAAAUAGAAAUCCUCAAUGGCAGAAAUCUGCGGCCCACUGAUUCAAAUGGCUACUGUGAUUCCUACGUGAAAGUGCACCUUCUCCCCGAGGACAAGUUUGCUGGUAGUGUUACCAAGUGUAAGACCAAGGUGCACAAGAAGAAUUUGUUCCCACUAUACGACGAGAUUUUCAACAUGCCUAUUUCUGAGGACUUGCAGCGAACUGAAAACGCACUCAUUCACUUUGUGGUCAAAGACUACGAGAUGCUAAGCAGCAACGAGCUGGUUGGCGAAGCUUUUUUCCCCUUCUCCGAGGUGCGCUUCGACUCAGACCUUCAAAACGUAGCGCAGUUCCACCUGCCACUAACCAGACCUUCGUCCGCCCUUGAAGGCGAAGCUUUUAUGGCGCUCGAGCACAGGCAAGGAGACAAGAUGGCCAGGGAUUUCGUCAAGAAGGAGAGAACUAGGGAAUCCCACUAACAACCUUAAACUUUAACGCCGCCUUAAAAUUUGUCCCAAUUUGUGAUCUUCUAAUUAUUAGGUUUAUUUUACACGUAUGUAAGCUGACUUUAUAAAUUUUAAUUGUUCAUCUCCUCUCAUAAAAGCUGAGAAUAAGUUUUUCCUAUUUUAAAAAACCCCUAUUUCUUUUUUGCUUUCUCUCUUAUCGAAUAAAAUCAUUCUGUAAAAGAGGAAA